UAAGGUAGACCAGCACUACUAUACAUGUCAUAAUAUACAGUAUAACAGUAUAUAAUAUAUCGAUUUUAUAUGUUGUCUGUCUAUAGGGCUGACUGUGAGAACCCGCAGGUGACCGUGUGUAAUAAGGGAGACCAGCACUACCGCAGUUCCCCUAGCAACCAGUCGUCGUCUAGUGACCCAGGACCCUGUGGAAGUGGAACCUGGUCUCAACCUCCUGGAUACGACGGGUCCUCGGUCCUCCAUGAGUGCUCCAGAGAGCUACAGGGGGGAGACAGAGAGGGGUACAGGGACACCCUCAGAGAGCAAACCCUUGAGAGUACCCGGUUGGCAGAGGCCAAGUGGCACAUCCCCUCCACCAAGAUACUCAACUCUCGGAAACAGAGGGAUGGGGGCAAGGAGUCGCCCAACAAGCAGAACCGGGGGGUAAAUGACUGGGUGUGGGCUGUGGCGAUGGGGGUGUCGAAGGCUGGGGUUGUCACAUCUCUCGGGGUCUGGUUGGUAGAGAUCAAGGUGUCUAGUUGGUAA